UGACCGAAAGUUCACCAAUGUACCUGACUGAAAGAAACUUCAACACCGAUCCUCAAGGUCGCAACAUUACGAAUUGCGUCUAUGCAAAAACACUAAGUACGAAUGAAACAACGCAUACUUUUACACAAAACAUAACCUACUUUAAUAUCUCGUCUGAAAAGUGGAUAACAUUCCCGAAGAAAUUCAAUGCCACCACUUUGCAUCAAGAUGGCGAAAUAAAUUACUUCACAUCACCUAAUGGAGAUAAUACGACAUUGGCCUAUACUGUGCUACUUGUUGAGGAGGACUGCCUCGUAGCAAAGUUAGACCACCGAAGCAAUGAUACCUUCAUAGCCUGCGAGAUCUGGGUCACAGACCGCUACUUCGAGUCAUGCCCGUCAGCUGUAUGCUGCAACGAAGUCUACAAAUCCUCCUGUAACGCAACUGUACAGAUAUUGUAUGAUAAAAACAACUGCUCUAUUCCAGAGGGAAGUCAAAACCGAUAAAUGAAAGCAAGGAGAUUAGCACAUGAUAUCGGAAACAAAUAAAAGUGAGUCCGGGGCAUAACUUUCAAUAAAACGC